CAUCAUCCUCUCCCGAUAAAUUCUUAGCAAGUUUCAGUUUUAUACCCAUCUUGAUUGCUUGACAUCGACGGCCAAUUGGAAAUCACCGCUGAUCAAUUGCUAUAUUUCUUGAACAAAGAUCAGAAUGUCUCACGCACUGUCAAAUUUAAGCCUCUCUCUUCCUCUGCCAUCAAUGAAGGGUGCUUCUUCAAGAAACCUUCAUGGCAUAGCAUUUAGCUACAACCACAACCACAAGAGCAACAACUACAUUAAGGCCAUGGCAGCAGAGAGCAGAGAGAAUCUUGACCACUUGCAGAGAGCCAGGAAGAACCCUCAACAAUCUCAAAACAAGAAAAGAGUGGCCCCUGCUGCACCAAUAGGGUUAUGGGACAGGUUUCCUACUGCAAGAACAGUGCAGCAGAUGAUGGAGACAAUGGAGAGGGUGAUGGAGGACCCAUUUGUCUACUCAGGUGGGUGGCCAUCACCAUUACCUGUAGAGGGGAGUGGGUACAGCAGAGGAAGGACACCAUGGGAGAUAAAAGAGGGUGAAGAUGUCUACAAAAUGAGGUUUGAUAUGCCAGGAAUGACUAAAGAAGAUGUGAAAGUUUGGGUUGAGGAGAAGAUGCUCGUUGUUAAGGCUGAAAAGGUGCCCAAGAAGACGGUGGAUGGCGUAGAGAAUGGAGAAGAAGAGGAGGGAGAGUGGUCUGCAAAGAGUUAUGGCAGGUAUAGCAGUAGAAUUGCGCUGCCAGAGAAUAUUCAAUUUGAGAAGAUCACUGCUGAAGUUAAAGAUGGGGUUUUGUAUAUAACCAUACCCAAAGCUAGUGCCACUGCCAAGAUUCAUGAUAUCAAUGUUCAGUGAUUGCUUAGAAAUUGGCUCCUCGCUUGUCCUUCUUCUUUCCUCUGGUGUCAGCUUAUGUUUUCAGUUUUGUGGAUGAAAAUUGUAAAUUGAAAGAACAGUUGGUAGAACAACUUCUGCUAUGAAUCUUGAAGAUGAAAUUCAGAUUUUCAUGC